GGGGCCAGAAGGGAGAAGGACAAGAUGGAAGGAUGGCUCCAAGCAGAAGAGGGAGCGGAAGAAGACGGUGUCUUUCAGCAGCAUGCCGACAGAAAAGAAGAUCAGCGGCGCCAGCGACUGCAUCAACGCCAUGGUCGAGGGCUCGGAGCUCAAGAAGGUCCGCUCCAACUCCAGAAUCUACCACAGGUACUUCCUGCUGGACGCCGACAUGCAGAGCCUGCGGUGGGAGCCUUCGAAGAAGGAUUCGGAGAAGGCCAAGAUCGACAUCAAAUCCAUCAAGGAAGUGAGGACGGGAAAAAACACAGACAUAUUCCGCAGCAACGGCGUUUCCGACCAGAUAUCGGAGGACUGUGCGUUCUCCGUCAUCUAUGGAGAGAACUAUGAGUCUCUGGACUUGGUGGCCAACUCGGCAGAUGUGGCGAACAUCUGGGUCACGGGACUGCGGUACUUAAUUUCCUACGGAAAGCAUACGCUUGACAUGUUGGAAAGUAGCCAGGACAACAUGAGGACUUCUUGGGUUUCACAAAUGUUUAGUGAAACUGAUGUAGAUAGCCUCGGACAUAUAACCCUGUGCAGUGCCGUGCAGUGUAUCAGAAACCUCAACCCCGGCUUAAAAACAAGCAAGAUCGAGCUUAAGUUCAAAGAGUUGCACAAGUCCAAGGACAAAGCUGGCACGGAGGUCACCAAGGAAGAGUUUAUGGAGGUUUUCCACGAGCUUUGUACGAGACCCGAGAUUUAUUUCCUUUUGGUUCAGUUUUCAAGCAAUAAAGAAUUCCUCGACGCCAAGGACCUUAUGAUGUUCCUGGAGGCCGAGCAGGGCGUGGCGCACGUCAACGAGGAAGUGAGCCUGGAGAUCAUCCACAAGUUCGAGCCGUCCACGGAGGGGCAGGGGAAGGGCUGGCUCUCCAUCGACGGGUUCACGAACUACCUUAUGUCCCCCGACUGCUACAUCUUCGACCCGGAGCACAAGAAGGUGUGCCAGGACAUGAAGCAGCCUCUGUCUCAUUACUUCAUCAACUCCUCGCACAACACGUACCUGACUGAGGACCAGUUCCGGGGCCCCUCCGACAUCACGGGCUACAUCCGCGCCCUGAAGAUGGGCUGCCGGAGCGUGGAGUUAGACGUGUGGGACGGGCCCGACAACGAGCCCGUCAUCUACACGGGCCACACCCUGACCUCUCAGAUCGUCUUCCGCAGCGUCAUCGACAUCAUUAACAAGUACGCCUUCUUUGCGUCCGAGUACCCGCUUAUCUUGUGCCUGGAAAACCACUGCUCCAUCAAGCAGCAGAAGGUGAUGGUGCAGCACAUGAGGAAGAUCUUGGGAGACAAGCUCUACACGACGUCCCCCAGCGUGGAGGAGUCUUACCUGCCGUCCCCAGACGUGCUGAAGGGGCGGAUCCUGGUCAAAGCCAAGAAGCUGUCCUCGAAUUGCUCCGGCGUGGAGGGCGACGUCACGGACGAGGACGAGGGCGCGGAGAUGUCACAGAGGAUGGGCAAAGAGAACGCAGAGCUGCCCAACCACGUGCCCGUGAAGCGCUUCCAGCUGUGCCAGGAGCUGUCCGAGCUGGUCAGCAUCUGCAAGUCCGUCCAGUUCAAGGAGUUCCAGGUGUCCUUCCAGGCCCAGAAGUACUGGGAGGUCUGCUCCUUCAACGAAGUGCUCGCCAGCAAGUACGCCAACGAGAACCCCGGGGACUUCGUGAACUACAACAAGCGUUUCCUGGCCAGGGUCUUCCCCAGCCCCAUGCGGAUCGACUCCAGCAACAUGAACCCUCAGGACUUCUGGAAGUGCGGCUGCCAGAUCGUGGCCAUGAACUUCCAGACGCCGGGCCUGAUGAUGGACCUGAACAUCGGCUGGUUCCGGCAGAACGGCAACUGCGGCUACGUGCUCCGGCCGGCCAUCAUGCGCGAGGAGGUGUCCUUCUUCAGCGCCAACACCAGAGACUCCGUCCCGGGGGUCUCGCCGCAGCUGCUGCACGUCAAGAUCAUCAGCGGGCAGAACUUCCCCAAGCCCAAGGGGUCGGGGGCCAAGGGCGAUGUGGUGGACCCCUACGUCUACGUGGAGAUCCACGGGAUCCCGGCCGACUGCGCGGAGCAGCGGACCAAGACGGUGCACCAGAACGGAGAAGCACCCAUCUUCGACGAGAGCUUUGAGUUCCAGAUCAACCUCCCCGAGCUGGCCAUGGUGCGCUUCGUGGUGCUGGACGACGACUACAUCGGGGACGAGUUCAUCGGGCAGUACACCAUCCCCUUCGAGUGCCUGCAGACCGGCUACCGCCACGUGCCCCUGCAGUCCCUGACGGGGGAGGUCCUGCCGCACGCGUCCCUGUUCGUGCACGUGGCCAUCACCAACCGCAGGGGUGGCGGGAAGCCCCACAAGCGGGGCCUCUCCGUGAGGAAGGGGAAGCGGUCCCGGGAGUACGCGUCUUUGAGGACGCUGUGGAUUAAGACCGUGGACGAGGUGUUCAAGAACGCCCAGCCGCCGAUCCGGGACGCCACAGACCUGAGGGAGAACAUGCAGAAUGCGGUGGUGUCGUUCAAGGAGCUGUGUGGCCUCUCGUCCGUGGCCAACCUCAUGCAGUGCAUGCUGGCGGUGGCCCCCCGCUUCCUGGGGCCCGAUAACUCGCCCCUGGUGGUCCUGAAUCUCAGCGAGCAGUACCCCACCAUGGAGCUGCAGGGCAUCGUGCCGGAGGUGCUGAAGAAGAUCGUGACCACGUACGACACGAUGAUUCAGUCCCUCAAGGCCUUGAUCGAAAACGCAGAUGCCGUGUAUGAGAAGAUCGUGCACUGUCAGAAGGCCGCCAUGGAAUUCCACGAACACCUGCACAGCAUCGGCACCAAGGAGGGCCUGAAGGAGCGGAAGCUGCAGAAGGCGGUGGAGAGCUUCACCUGGAACAUCACCAUCCUGAAGGGGCAGGCGGAUCUCCUGAAAUACGCCAAGAACGAGACCUGGGAGCACCUGAAACAGAUCCACUUUGCUGCCGUCUCGUGUGGUCUGAACAAGCCCGGCACCGAGAACGCCGAGGUCCAGAAGCCUCGCCGGAGCCUGGAGGUCAUCCCCGAAAAAGCCAACGACGAGAACGGAGAAUGAGGGACGGGCCCUGCGUGGCCGUGGCGUGCGCGACCCCAGGACCACGUGGGGGGUGCUGGCGUGGCUCUCGCGUGAGAGCAACUUGGGGGUUUUAAAGCACAGCUGGACGAGCUCGUGACAGCCUCUUAAAACUGUGAAUGCAGGUGGCAGCCCCGCGAGUGACGGCCCAGAGCCACUCUCAUGAGAAACCCUGUUCCUGGCCCCAGGAGACUGUGUCUGUACGCAGAGACCUCCCAGCGCGAUUCCAGUGCGAAGAACACAUCACCCGCUCUCGCCCCACUGAGCCACGGGCGUUUUCCUGAGUGGAAGCUGUUUCCGACGGCAGGAGGGACUGACUGCACGGUCAAACUUGUAUUUAUUGCAGGAGAGCGGACCUGGGCGCUUUUCUCGUGUGGGGCUGCCGAGUCCCGGCUCUGGGUGGUCGUGGCGCUUGCUCGCCAAGCCCUUGUUCCUAGGAGGGUGUCGCGGGCUCCCUGAAGCCCGGGACCCGGACCGCCUUGGACAGGAGGGUGUGCCACUAGGCUGCAGCUCCUGGUGGCAGGCCAUGGGCACACAGCACGCGGGCAGGGAUGCCGGGUAGAGGCAGCCCGCCAGGAGGCUACACGCUGCACAUAGUUUUUCAUUGUAUGAAGUAGUGUUCACAUUAAAAAGACGUUUUAUGAUAUUUCUCCAA